AUGCCCACGCUGGUGGUGCACGGCGACAUGGACAGCCGAAUUCCGUUGGAAUGCGGUAUCAGCCUGUCCGAGGGCAUCACGCACUCGGAUUUACACAUCAUUCCGGGCGCGGAGCACGGCCUGACGACCAACGCCGCCGCCGGCGAUACCCAACGGAUAAUCCUGGAUUUCCUGACGCGCGUUACGUCUCCCGAAGAGAAGGCCGCGACUGUGUAG